AUGGCUUCUACUCUCAAGUUCGCCGGCCUCUUCCUGAUCACUGCCGUCAGUGCAGCCGUUGUCAACAGUGGCGGGAUCCCCAACGCGUCGAAGUGGGUUCCUGGCUCGACUCUUGAGCCCGGUCACCUGAUUGUUCCUCUUGAUGGCGUCGAACAUGCCGUGAAGGAGUCCGACUACUUGAACUGGCUCAAGUCGAAGGGUGUGCUCCUCAAGGCUCCUGAGCUGGACCCAUCUUGGGUCACCUACAAUGCUUCCGACAUUCCCGCCGUCGAGACCAGGGAGGUCGUCACUGAGCGUGACCUUGAGGCUCGGGCCCCUUGCUCUCAAACCUACUCCAUUACCACCGACAACACGAUCACAUUCGUGGACUGGGACCUGCAGAUGUCGACAGUCGCCUGCGCUCACUUCGGUGAUUUGACCGUCACUGUCACUUCGGGCCAUUCUAUCGCCAAUACUAUUGGUGGUAGCGCGGGCGUUGACUUGGGGUUCGUCAAGGAUCGCCUGACCGGUUCACUCGGGAUCAACUACAGCAGGACAUGGACAACCACACAGUCGACGUCGGACGCCCAUGUGGUCCACGACGGGUUCUGUGGUGUGAUGAUCUACAAGCCUAUUACUACGCGCCGGUAUGGCCGCCAGUUCGUCGGAUGUGUCGGCAACAUCAAGCAAGUCGGAACCUGGUAUGCGGACAGCCACAAGUCUGCAAGCUACAACGGUCUCAGCUGGGUUGAGGGUGCUGUCUCGUACUGUGAGAAGAGGCAGGCAAACCCACCUUUGUCCCGUUGCGAGGGUGGCGGCAACUUCAUCUAAACUGCCUGGGAUUGCCC